CAAAGAAACACGUUUGACAGCACAGCACAAGCCCCCCCUCUUUUCUAAAAUGUCUCUUAUUAAAAUUAGAUUUUACCUCAACCUUAACCACACUGCUAAUAUUAUGCCUAACCCUAACCUUUAAGACCAAAAACAGAAUUUUCUAUCGCCAAUUUUGAUUUUGUUGCUAUGGAAGUUUGUUGAAAACGGUUACGUCCCGCCCUGUCUGUCGCGUUGGUGACGUAGACGUUUCAUGACGCAACAAUUCAGCGCCGGCAGAUGAUACGAAGAUAUCAAGGAUGGGGACCCAAGUGAAAGAUGUAGUGAUCAAGUCUGAUGCCCCCAGUGCUCUACUGUUGGACAAGCAUGCAGACUACAUUGCUGCCUACGGCUCCAAGAAGGAUGACUAUGAGUACACCCUGUCAGAGUACCUGCGGAUGUCAGGUAUCUACUGGGGCCUGACGGUGAUGGACUUGAUGGGUCAGCUGACCAGGAUGAACCAACAGGAGAUCUCUGAUUUCAUCAAGUCCUGUCAGCACGACUGUGGAGGGAUCAGCGCCAGCGUCGGACACGACCCACACAUCCUCUACACGCUCAGUGCUGUACAGAUCCUGUCAUUGUAUGAUCAUGUGAAUAUGCUGGAUGUGGACAAGGUAGUGGAGUACAUCAGAGGACUGCAGCAGGACGAUGGGUCCUUUGCUGGAGACAAAUGGGGGGAGAUAGACACACGAUUCUCUUUCUGUGCUGUAGCAACACUCGCAUUGCUGGGUAAGUUGGAUGCCAUCAACAUGGACAAAGCUGUAGAGUUUGUUCUGUCCUGUAUGAACUUUGAUGGCGGGUUUGGCUGCAGACCAGGAUCAGAGUCUCAUGCUGGACAGAUCUACUGUUGUACAGGGUUCCUGUCUAUAACAGGGCAGUUACACCAGGUGAAUGCCGACCUGCUGGGCUGGUGGCUCUGUGAGAGACAGCUUCCCUCAGGAGGUCUGAACGGACGCCCUGAGAAACUGCCUGAUGUAUGUUACUCGUGGUGGGUGCUGGCCUCCCUGAAGAUCAUUGGUAGGAUCCACUGGAUAGACAAGUCCAAGCUGAGGUCCUUUAUUUUGGCCUGUCAGGAUGAGGAGACAGGGGGCUUCGCUGACCGACCAGGAGACAUGGUGGACCCAUUCCAUACUCUGUUUGGAGUAGCAGGUCUGUCUCUCCUGGGAGAGGGCCAGAUAAAGGACGUUAAUCCUGUUCUCUGUAUGCCUGAAGACGUGUUGGAGAGGAUCGGCCUGCACCCCGACCUCCUUAGCUAGCUCUUCACACAUCUACACACCAGGGGCGUGGCCAGGUCACAUCUACACACCAGGGGCGUGGCCAGGUCAUGUCUACACACCAGGGGUGUGGCCAGGUCUCAUCUACACACACCAGGGGCGUGGCCAGGUCUCAUCUACACACACCAGGGGCGUGGCCAGGUCUCAUCUACACACACCAGGGGCGUGGCCAGGUCACACAAAACAACAGACAAUAUCUGAAUUAACUGAACUGACCCCCACCCUGCACCCCGCCAUCACCCCUCCACCUCCCCACCCCUCCACCUCCCCACC